UUUUUUUUUACUCCUAUUCUAUUCUCAAUUGUACCAUAUAUAUAUAUCCAUAUAGCAUUCCAUUCGCUCAGCUCCAUUUACAAUAGACCUUUCUUAUACAUAUAUAUAUUAAUGUAUCGACCGGUUCGACAUGGCUUUGACCAUUCUUCUUCCUCCUCUUCUUCUUCUUCAACAAUACCUUCCUCAACCAUAACAACAACACCAAGUUCUCUUCGACUUAGUUUACGUAAUGAACAACCAUCCAAAGACACCAAAGAUGACCACAAAACUACUUAUCCUUCAGAACCAAUGACUGACUAUCCUCAAGAAGUGACUUGGCUCUUUUUUCGAGAUAAUCAAUGGGUUCCUUUUCAAAAUGAUAAUCAUUAUAAAAUUGAACAAGCCUUUACUUUUGGAGGUAUUUAUGUAGACAUUAAAGAUAACAACUUUCCUCAAUUGAAAAGUAUUCGUGUAUUUCCUACAAGAUUUUAUUUAUCUUAUCUUGGAAUGAAAUACCGUCUUAGUUGUGUGAUUCAAGGUUAAUGCUUCAUAUUAUUACUCCUCUAUUUUUACCUUUAUUUUUAUUAUUGUCAAUUAUAUUUUUUUUUCUUUUAUUAUUUACCUACUUGUGAUUCCGAUGCCAUAUUACUAUUAGUUUAGUGUUAUUCUCUUACUGCAUAUUUUUUUUUUUUUUUGUUUCAAC